CAGCAAAUGAGUGUACAUAAAUACAAAGAAAACAAAAAUCAUAGAGAUAAAGUCAAGCAAAUGAGUAUACAUAAAUACAAAGAAAACAAAAAUCAUAGAGAUAAAGUCAAGCAAAUGAGUGUACAUAAGUACAAAGAAAACAAAAAUCAUAGAGAUAAAGUCAAGCAAAUGAGUAUACAUAAAUACAAAAAAGAUAAAGUUCAUAGAGAGAAAGUGAAACUUUAUAAUAAAAACAUGUACCGCAACUUUGAACAUAAAAUGCAUGUAAUGACACGUGUAAAAUCGAAAAGAAAGGAGAUAAAAGAAAACUCACAGCAAAUUGAUUUUGUUAUUGAACAGUUUUUGGACAAAGUAAAAGAGGGGCCUGACUUUGUGUGUUGUGUCUGCUUUCGAUUGUUAUUUAAACAUCAGGUUUUGAAUUGCAGAAGGGAUUCUUAUCAAAAAACCAAAGAAAUGUCUUUAAUAGCAGAAACUUGUAUAAGUGAUGAUUAUGUACACAGGUGCAAUGACGUUUGUACAUUACCUUGUGACACAUUUCAUACAUCGGGAAAUAAACUGUACAUCUGCUACACAUGUCAUUAUAAAAUUAAUAAAGGUCAGAUGCCACCUGAAAGUUCAGUAAAUAAUUUAAUACUUGAUCCCAUUCCACCUAAAUUAGCAUGUUUAAAUACUUUAGAGCAGCAUUUAAUAGCUUUACAUAUACCGUUUAUGAAAAUGUUGGCUCUGCCUAAAGGUGGACAAAACGGUGUGCAUGGUCCUGUUACUUGUGUUCCGUCAAAUAUUGUUGAAACGUGCAGUUUGUUACCACGUAGUAGUAUGGAGGGGUCUUUGUUACCAGUAAAACUGAAGCGCAAACUCACGUAUAAAGGACAUUAUGAUUAUCAAUUUGUUGACACAAUGCAUGUUCAGGACGCUCUGAAGUAUUUAAAACAUUCUAACUUGCAUUAUAAAGAUGUAGAGUUCAAUGAAUCCUGGAUAAAUGAGUUUUGUCGGGAGGACGAUGAUUCUGUUUUGGAGGAGAGUAGUUCGAAAGAAGAUGGUGACACUUGUAUUGAUGAAAGUGAUGAGAUGUUGCAUGAUCGACAGCAACACUGUAUGUUUCAGGACACUUGUCUUAUGCCAGUUGAUAUUGGCCAAGAAGCAUUGGAUCAAUAUUAUGACAAAAUUUUGAAUGUAGCCCCAGGUGAAAACAAUAAUCCUGUAAAAUUGCUAUCUGAUUUUACAAAUGAAGCCAAAAGCUUCCCUGUGUUGUUUCCUUCAGGAUGCAAUACAUAUCAUGAAAAUCGGAAAUACCGUUUAACUUUGUCUCGUUAUUUUAACAACCGACUUCUUCACGCUGAUGGCAGGUUUGCCCAUAAUGUGGAAUACAUCUUUUUUGCUCAGUAUAUGACAGAACUGGAACAGGUCGUAUCUAAUGUAUCAAUAGCAUUAAGAAAAGGCAAAACGUGUAAAUCUCAAAAUGUCAGUGACUUUGUGAAAGAUGAGGAAUCUUUAAAGAAACUGUUAGAAUUUGAUGAUGGGUAUCGUUUCUUAAAACCCAUUAGAGGCACACCAGCUUUUUGGCAGUCAGCUCAAAAAGAUAUUCUAGCUUGUGUUAAACAAUUAGGAAAGCCCACUUGGUUUGCAUCGUUUUCGUCUGCAGAUAUGAGAUGGACUAAUCUUCUUUAUAGCAUUUUGAAACAAGAAGGCCGAAAUCAGACUGUGGAACAAUUAGAAUAUGCAGAUAAGUGUGAACUGCUGCGCCGAAAUCCCGUUACUGCUGCUAGGAUGUUUGAUUUCCGUUGGCAUGUCUUCUUAAGAGAAGUUCUUAUGUCUCCUGCAAAUCCUAUCGGUAAAGUAGUCGACUAUUAUUAUCGUGUUGAAUUUCAACAACGGGGCAGUCCACAUUGUCAUUGCCUCUUCUGGAUUGCCAACGCUCCAAUCCUAGAUCAAAACACAGAUGAAGAGGUGGUUGCAUUUAUCGAUAAGUAUGUGUCAUGUGAGCUUCCAUCUUCAGAUGACUCAUUAGUUGAAGUAGUUUCUUCUGUCCAGCAGCAUUCAAAACGACAUUCAAAGAGUUGUAAAAAGAGAAAUACUGUCUGUCGUUUUAAUUUUCCACGACCUGCUUCUGUCAGAACCUUUAUUUCUCGUGGUGAGAAAUAUCUGGAUCCAGUCUGUCAAUGCAACUUGAACCAAAAAGAUGGUAUUCAACAGUGUGUAUGUGCAAAUAAGGAAAAGAAUAACCAAAAAAAAAUGCCAAGAGAUGUUGCAAGUAAUAUCUUAACUCAAAUUAAAAAAACAAUAUCGGAUGAAAAUUGUCAAUAUACUACGACACAAGAAAUAUUUCACAGCUUGGGACUAAAGCAAGAAAUUUUUGAAAUGGCGUAUGAACGAUGUAGUCGAAAUACUCAGGUUGUUUUGAAAAGAAACAUUAACGAAAUCUGGAUUAAUCAAUACAGCAGGUCACUGUUAAAAGCUUGGAAUGCUAAUAUUGAUAUCCAGUUUUGUGUUGAUGCAUAUGCAGUUUGUGUUUACAUAAUCUCUUACAUGUCUAAAAGUGAAAGAGAAAUUGGCCUUCUGCUAGGAAAUGCUCAAAGAGAAGCUUCCAAAGAUGGCAAUGUAAGUGCUAAACAGGCAUUGAAGACAAUUGGUAGUGUUUAUUUACACAAUCGAGAUGUUUGUGCACAAGAAGCUGUGUAUAGAUUAACCAACAUGCACUUAAAGGAGUGUUCCCGAAAGGUUGUUUUUAUUCCAACUGGUGACAAUGUUGUGAAAAUGAGCCUACCAAUUUCUGUCUUAAAAGACAAGGCGUCUUCAGAUAAUCUGACAACAGAUGACAUGUGGAUGACCGGUCUUGUUGAUCGUUACAAGAAUAGGCCAAGUGAUGAUGUCUUUCAGGAUAUGUGCCUGGCAAAGUUUGCAUCAGAAUAUCGUGUUUUGACCAAAAAUGAAAAGUGCAAAAAUCCAGUGAAGUUGAAUAAUGGUUUUGGUUUUGUUGCUAAAAGAACUCGAACACAACCAGCCGUUGUUCGAUAUGCGCGUUUCUCUGAAACCAAAGAUCCUGAAAAGUUUUAUCAAAGUGUUUUACAGUUAUUCUUGCCUUAUCGAUUCGAUGGUGAACUAAAACCUUUGAACUGUGAAACAUUUCAAGACUUUUAUAAAACUGGUUUAGUUCGAUUUGUUCAUGGUACAAGACAUUCAGUCAAGGCUGUUGUAGAUUCAAAUAGAAGCCAUUUUGAAUUGGAAUCCGACACCUUGGAAGCUGCAAACAAUGUUGUUGGUACUGAAAUGCUGGAAGACGCAUGGUGCGAAUUAUGUCCUGAGGUUGAGGUGGAACGAUUUGAGUGUUUGGAAAGCCAAAAAGAAACACGAGCAACAUUAAACGAUGAACAAGAACAAAUACCAGAUUUGAGUUUGACUGUUAAAGAUGUUGCAAUAUUUCAGAACCAAAAAAGCAUGAGUAGAGUUGAAGGUCUAGCAUUGAUUCGAUCUCUAAAUGCAAAACAAUUUUCAGUCUUUUAUCAUAUUAGGCAGUGGUGCCUAGACAGAGCAAAUGGAAAGAAUCCCGAAUCUUUAAAAGUUUUUAUUACAGGUGGUGCAGGAACAGGUAAAAGUCACUUAAUUCGAGCCAUUGAAUAUGAAUCGAAAAGAAUCUUCUCACCAAUUUGUCAACAUCCUGAUAAUAUUUGUGUUGUGUUGACUGCACCCACAGGUAUUGCCGCAUAUAAUUUAAAAGCAACAACCAUUCACACAACAUUUUGUAUUGGAAAAGAUGUACGCUUACCAUAUACUCCUUUGGGUGAAGAGAAAUUAAAUUCAUUGCGGGCAAAAUAUCGUGAUCUCCAGCUUCUUAUCAUAGAUGAAAUAUCAAUGGUAGAUCACAAUCUGUUAUCAUAUAUUCAUGGUAGAUUGCAUCAAAUAAAACAAACAGGAGACUUUUCACCAUAUGGAAACAUUGGUGUUGUUGGGGUUGGCGAUUUCUUUCAAUUACCUCCAGUUAAAGGCAGAGCACUGUAUUGUGAUGGCGUAGCUCGUUCUCUGUGGUCAGAUUCAUUUAAGAUUGUAGAACUGACUGAAAUAGUUCGUCAAAAAGAUUCAGUGUUUUCCCAGCUGCUAAACCGGUUGAGGACUCGUUCCAAAGGAGUACCCAUGUUAGCGGAAGAUGUCCAAAUUUUAAAGCAAUGUGAAACGGGGGAGCAAAGCUCAGCUUUACAUAUAUUUGCAACAAAUAAUCAAGUAAAUGACUACAAUAUGUCUCAAUUACUUAAAAACUGUCCUGAUUUUGUGUCAAUCGCGGCACAAGAUUAUGUGAAUGAUAAAAAAACAGGAAAACUCAAAUUGCUAGAAGGCAGUCACAUAAAAGCCUCAAAUACUUGUUUGACGGAACUGUUGCUAUUGGGUAAGAGUGCACGUGUUAUGUUGUGUAAGAAUGUGGACGUGAGUGAUGGGUUGGUCAAUGGUGUAUGUGGUACUGUAACCGAGAUUAUAAUGAAAGAAACGAAAAAAUUCCCUGAAAAGGUUUUUGUUCGUUUUGAUGAUGAUUUUGUCGGUUUACAAAGGAGGAAAAACUGUAAGUGCAUGUUGUCAAAUUUGGUUGGUUCAACACCUAUUGAACCAGAGGAAGAAAGAGCCACUGUUAAAGGUGGAUUGCGACGUCAGUUUCCUCUCAAAUUAGCAUGGGCAUGCACUAUCCAUAAAGUACAAGGAAUAACUGUUGACAAGGCUGUGGUAUGUCUCAGUAAAAUCUUUGCACCUGGUCAAGCUUAUGUGGCACUAAGUCGUGUUAAAAGUAUUUCAGGAUUGACGAUUCAUAAAUUUGAUGACAAAAAAAUUUAUUGUAAGGAUGACAUAACGGUUGCAGUUCAGCAAAUGUCACCCCUGUUGACUGAACCUAGACAAGUGGAUAGAUAUGAUACAUCUUGUUUCACUGUGUUUCUAAUGAAUGUGCAAAGUUUGAAUCGCCAUGUUCAAGAUUUGGCAUUUUGUACACAGCAUUUAAAACCAAAGUGUAUUGCUGUAACAGAAACCUGGGUGUCAACUGUCUCAUCAGAUACAUUAAAGAUUGAUGGAUACAGUUUUCAGAACUGUCCACGACGUUUAGCGUAUUCUGGCAAGGAGGCAGCAUUGAUAUCAUUACAAGAUCAAGAACAUGGUGGUGUUGGCAUCUACAAUGCAGAUGGUGUAGCAUAUGAAUUUUUGCAGUCACCACAUGUUGAUUUAGAAUGUGCAGUGUGCAAUUUUCAAAGUUUGAACAUAGUUGUGGUGGUUGUUUAUCGCCCACCCCAGUAUCCUCUGUCAAUUUUUAAGAAAAAUCUAAGUAUAUUGCUUGAUUGGCUUGAACAAAAAAGUAAUACAAUAGGAUUAAUGGGUGAUUUCAAUGAAGAUCUUUUUAAAGGCUCAUCUAUUUCUAACUUACUAAGUGACAGAGGAUAUGUUCAAAUAGUUAAAGAAUCAACCACAGAGAAAGGUACUUUAAUAGAUCAUGUGUACCUAAGAUCAAAUGCCUAUGAAAUAGAAGCAAUGGUCAUACCAACAUAUUUUAGUGAUCAUGAAGGCAUAAUGUGUGGUUUUAAACUCAUGUAAUUUUCCUGAGUUAUCUAUCCAUACAUUUUCUUCCGCUUAUCCUUUGUGUCACGGGAUAAACGGCUAAGGAAUCCCAGACUCGUGUCAUCCCAGCCUGUUGAGCCACUUCUUGAGGGGAAAUUGUGAAAAAUUCUUAGGCCAGCUAAGAAACAUAGUCCAUGCAAGGUAUCCUAAAUCUUCUUGUGGGUCUCCACUCGGUGUAGUGUUUGGAACACCUUCCAAAGAAGGUGUCCAACAGACAGGUGUCCAUAUACCUGAGCCAAAUUUAACUAGCUUCUCUCAACAAGGAGAAGCAACAGCUCUAGUCAAAGUCCCUUAUGGAUGACUGAGCUUCUCAGUCUCAUGACCAUAGAUGAGAGUAUGAACCUCUAUCGAAUAGUAAUUGACACCUUAACCUUUUCACUCGGCUAUCUUUUCAGCAUGAAUAAAAAUCGAGAGAUAAAUUGAAACCCAAACAUUUUGACUCAACUGUCACUUAACAAUGACAGACCAAUACAGCGCACGCUUAACUUAAAAGACACUGAACCUAUCCGCCUAUCAAUAUCACACUCAAUUUUGCCCUUAUUCUUGAAGAAGACCUCAAAACUUGGAACUGAAUCUCCUACUUGAUCCAGAGAAGACACACUACCCUUUUCCAGCCCAAGACCAUGACCUGAAAUUUGAAAGAACUGAUCCUAGCCGCAUCACACUGGGCUGUGAACCGAUACACUGAAAGUUGUAGAUGACGACUUAAAGAAACCUAAUCAAUGACAAAAAAAAACGGAAUCUUCUGAAAUUUCAAUAUUGUACUGUUAAAACCUGUACCUUUGUGCAAAAACAACCUGAAAACAUCUGUUUUGUGGAAGACUCAGUUUAGUGUUGUCUGUUUCCUUGACUUUUGAAGCCUUCCGGCUGGAAGGUGCAACGUUUCAAAAACACAAGGAAAUGUCCAGAUGACCUGACUGAUUGUUGUAAAUAUGUACAUAUUCAUAACUGUAUAGAGUAGAGGUUUCUUUUAUUGCAUUACGACAGCAUUAAAUUAAAUAUUUGUACAUUUUCAGUAGACAAUUGGAAUUGAUCAUGAACAAUAAGGGUUGUAAACU